CCGGGACCUGCCUGCUGCGCUGCGCUCCCCGCCGCUGCCAGGCGCCCCAGCCUCCUCGGAAGGAACCUCCUCGCCUCUGCGCGCGCGAGCCAUGGCUGAGCACACGGUCAUCACCAUGUCCGGCGCGGGCCCGGAGAAGGGGCUCGGCCGGGACCCCCCGCGGGACUACCUGCUCCUGUCCCUCUUCAACAUCCUGCUCCUGGGGAACCCGUGCUGCCUCAGCUUCGUGGCGCUCGUCUACUCCGUCAAGGUAGCGGCGGCUCCCCGCCUCCCUCCCCGUCUGGUGCCCCCGGAAUGCCUGCGAGCCCCUCGGGGAGGCGUUCUUGCCCGGAGCCGCCCUGCAGGGGCUUCUGGAACGCUGGGCACAUCCGGGGUGUCAGGAGCACCAAGCCGGGUCCUCCCUCCCCCAUCGACUGCGCCAGGAGGGGGGAAGGUGGGGGACAGCAGGCCUUUCCUCUGAGAGGGGCCCCGGGGUGGGGGAGGGCCCCCUGGAGGCAGCACCCAGGGUGAGGGUUAGCUGGGGAGUGUCCAGAAGGGAAGAGGGCAGCCUGGGAGAAGUAGAGACCAGAGCUGGCCCGAGGGGAGGGAGAGAGCUGGCCAGGAAUGUGUGUGUGUCCCUGGAUCCACAUGUGUGUGCAGGCUGUGUGCUCUCGCUCUCGCCCAUCAGUCCGUCUGGGCCUUCCCCCUAUGUAAGGAGUUUGGGCUUGGCUCUGUGGGCAAUGGGGAGCCAUGGCAGGCCUUAGGCAGAGAGCUGAAGCCCAGCACCUCCCCCUGCAGCAGCUUUUCGGGGAGGAGAGGGAGGAAGUUGGAGCGAGCCUGGGCUAGGCAGGACCGUGGGAAUGGCGGGGACCGAGAUCCUUGGCCAUCCUUGGCCGUUGGGGGAAGCCGGAGGCCGCGGGGUGUGUGCCAGGGCUCCGGAGGACAGUGCAGCCAAGCAGAGAGCCUGUCUGGGGCUCAGAAUACAGCUGGAGCCGGGGAAGGGCCUGGAGGGAGCAUCGUGGAAGCCCCGAGAGUGGCUGAAGACCAGGGCCGAGUCGGGGGGAAGAAUCUCCCCCUGGGAGGGGGAGUCCAGGGACCGGAAGCUGGUCGGGGACAUGGAUGGCGCCUUGACCUACGCCAAGACCUCCAGACAGAUGAACAUCUGCGCCGUCGUGCUCAACGUGCUGCUGCUCAUCAUCUUCCUCAUCCUCUUCUUCGUCUACAUGGUUCCCAUCCUCAGGAACCUGUACCAGCCGCACUAGAGGCCUCCCGCACUCUCCCCAGCCCAGAGCCCCUCCCCGAGCCACACCCCCUCCCCAGAAUGCUCAGCGCCCGGCAAAGGGGGCGCGAAAUAAAAGCUGGUGGAAUCGG